UCUUCGUUGUGCGCAUGCGCGGAUCUGAGCGGGUUUUUUUUGAUCAGUUACUAACAGUUUAUAUGAAUAUUAAACUUAUACAGUUUUAUUUCAUUAGUUAUAUAGAGACGCGAUGGUGGAAGGACCGGGCUGCAGACUGAACGGUGAGAAAAUCAGCUGGAGACUGAAAAAGGGACAAAAAGUGCGGCACAUUAGAGGAAAUGCGAACCCUGGUGUCGGUGCUCAGGGAGACUUGUUCCAGUGUUUUGCAGGCUGUCAGUACACCGGAGUACAGACACUUGGUAAAGAACUGUUCAUGUACUUCGGAGUUCGAGCUUUAAGGCUGCACUUCGGGAUGGACGGCUCGAUGCGUAUAAACACAGAGAGUAAAGACAGCAGAGGAAAUGCACCGACUCUCAUCAUCUCCCUCACUGAGGACACACUGAACUUCUACAACACCACCGCUGAAAUCCGACUCUCAGAGGACUGCAGAGAGAAGGUGCGUCUCAUGGCGUGUCUGGACGUCUGUUCUCCGAGCUUCAGUGUGUGUGCUGCGGUGAAGGGAGUGUGUAGAGAGACAGGACGCAGUGUGUGUGACGUCCUGCUGGAUCAGUCGCUUCUACCUGGAGUUGGAAACAUCAUUAAGAACGAAGCUCUGUUUCUCACUGCUCUUAAUCCUGCAGUCAAGGUGAAGGAGCUGAGGCUUGAACUCGUCCAGCAUCUGGUGAAGAUGACGCAGGAUUUCACGCUGCUCUUCUAUCAGUGUCGUAAACGCGGCUCGGCGCUCUAUAAGCACUGUAAGGUGUAUAAGCGCUCCAGCUGUGGUCAGUGCAGUGGUGCGGUCACUAUGUGUCGAUUAGGGAACGAUAACAGGAUGACGUACUACUGCUCACGCUGCCAGACUGAAGAUCCGACUGAAAUCGACAUCAGUAAACUCCUCGGGCCAAACACCUUACUCAGAUGGACGAGUCAGAAAGUUGUGCAGGACGUCGACGAUGUCGCCACAAAAGAGGAGGAAGAGUGGUCAUGUGACCUCUGUACUCUGAUUAACCGGCCGAUCACCAAGUUCUGUGAAGCGUGUAUGAGUCCUCGACAGCAGCAGGACGCAGUGAAGGAUCCUCCCUUCGUUAGUGCACUCAUCCGCUUCCCUCACAACGCUUUCUCCAAACCACAGCAGGAAGUGAAGCUCCACCGCAGAGCUGCGUUCGGGAACACCACCCUCGUCCUGUCCGACCUCGGCUCCGGUCCCGCGACACCUCCGAGUCACGGCGCUGCUGGGAUUGGGACACAGCCCACAGGACCUCACAGCUCCAAACGAGCCUCGCUUUCAUUUCCCAUGAUUCCCAGCAAGAGGAGGAAGACGGAGGGCGGAGAGCCGAGACCUCAGACGGGAGCAGAGCGUUCGAGCACGACAUCACUACCCACAAUCCCUUGCUGCACCACUCACUGCCGCCCCGCCGCCCUAAGGGUGGUCACUAAAGAGGGAGAUAAUAAAGGCAGGCACUUCUACACCUGCCCCCUUCCCCGAGACUCCCAGUGUAACUUCUUUGAGUGGGCGGAUCUGCACUUCCCCACGUGUCAUCACGGCAAACGCUCCCUGAUGAGAACCGUCCUCAAACUGGGGCCCAAUAACGGCCGGCGAUUUUACGUUUGUCCGCUGAAACAGGGGAAACAGUGCGAGUUCUUCCAGUGGGCGGAGCAAAGCUCAUGAACCAAUCAGCUGCUCACGUGUCAUCACACACGGUUCCAUCCAGCACUGUGGGAUAUUUUAUUCUGAACUUUCCCUUUAAUAUAAACAUGUUUUUCUUGUCGUUUCAUGUCAUUUCUUCAUCUCUACUUCAUUACAAAUGUAAAUAAAGUGUUUUUUGACUAAUAAAAAAGUUCUUUAGGAA